AUGGCGGCGGCCGCGCGGGCUCGGGUUUGGGCACCCGGGUCCGUGCUGCCGCCGCUGCUGCUGCUGGUGCCGCUGCUGCCUCCAGUUGUGUGCGCGGCCGCUCGGGACCCACCGGCCCGGGCCCCGCGCAGCUUGCACCCGCCCUACUUCAACCUGGCCGAGGCGGCGAAGAUUUGGGCCACCGCCACCUGCGGGGAGCGGGAGCCGGGAGGGGCGCGGCCCCGGCCCGAGCUUUACUGCAAGUUAGUCGGGGGGCCCACCGCCCCGAGCAGCGGCCACACCAUCCAGGGCCAGUUCUGUGACUAUUGCAAUUCUGAGGACCCCAGGAAAGCGCAUCCAGUCACUAAUGCAAUUGAUGGAUCCGAACGUUGGUGGCAAAGCCCUCCUCUCUCCUCCGGGACACGGUACAACAAAGUCAACGUCACCUUGGAUCUAGGCCAGCUUUUCCACGUGGCCUAUGUUUUAAUCAAAUUUGCAAAUUCUCCUCGCCCUGAUCUUUGGGUCUUGGAAAGGUCUGUCGACUUUGGAAGCACCUACUCACCUUGGCAAUAUUUUGCUCAUUCUAAAGUAGACUGUUUGGAACAGUUUGGGCAGGAGGCGAACCUGGCUGUCACCCGGGACGAUGAUGUCCUUUGUACUACUGAAUAUUCCCGGAUUGUGCCGUUGGAAAACGGUGAGGUUGUCGUGUCCUUGAUAAAUGGUCGUCCAGGUGCAAAAAAUUUUACUUUCUCUCACUCUCUGAGGGAGUUCACCAAGGCAACAAACAUCCGCUUGCGUUUCCUCCGAACCAACACCCUUCUUGGACACCUCAUCUCCAAAGCGCAGAGGGAUCCAACGGUCACCCGGCGGUAUUAUUACAGCAUAAAGGACAUCAGCAUUGGCGGGCGGUGCGUUUGCAACGGCCACGCCGAGGUGUGCAAUGCCCACAACCCUGAAAACCUGUUUCGGUGUGAAUGCCAGCACCACACCUGCGGGGAGACGUGUGAUCGCUGUUGCACAGGGUACAAUCAGAGGCGCUGGCGGCCCGCCACGUGGGAGCAGAGCAACGCGUGUGAAGCAUGCAACUGCCAUGGCCAUGCCAUUGACUGUUAUUAUGAUCCAGAUGUUGAGAAGCAGCAGGCAAGCUUGAAUAUCCAAGGCAUCUAUGCAGGUGGAGGGGUCUGCAUUAACUGUCAGCAUAACACGGCUGGUGUAAACUGUGAAAAGUGCGCUAAGGGCUAUUACCGCCCUGAUGGCAUUCCGGUCCACGCUCCCCACGGCUGCAUCCCCUGCAGCUGUAACCCCAAGCACGCGGACGACUGUGAGCAGGGCUCAGGCCGCUGCUUCUGCAAGCCGAAUUUCCGCGGAGACUACUGCGAGGAGUGUGCAGCCGGAUACUAUAAUUUCCCGUUUUGCUUGAGGAUUCCCAUUUCCCCUAUUUCUACUCCAAGUCCAGAAGGUCCCAUAGCUGGAGAUAUAAAAGGCUGCGACUGUGACCUGGAAGGUGUUCUCCCUGAGAUAUGUGAUGCCCGCGGAAGGUGCCUGUGCCGCCCCGGGGUGGGCGGCCCGCGGUGUGACGCUUGCCGCUCAGGUUUCUACUCCUUCCCUAUUUGCCAAGCCUGCCAGUGUUCAGCCCUCGGCUCCUACCAGACGCCCUGCAACCCAGUGACUGGCCAGUGUGAAUGCCAGCCGGGGAUCACUGGACAGCGGUGUGACAGGUGUCUCUCCGGAGCUUCUGACUUCCCCCACUGCCAAGGCUCCCGCAGUGCCUGCCAUCCCGCCGGUACCCUGGACUCCAGCUUGGGGUAUUGCCAAUGCAAGCUUCAUGUUGAAAGUCCUGCCUGUAGCAUCUGCAAACCAUUAUAUUGGAAUCUGGCCAAAGGAAACCCCCAUGGGUGUUCAGAGUGCCGAUGCCAUGUGGCGGGAACCGUGAGCGGAAUUGGAGAGUGCGGACAGUUAGAUGGUGACUGUCACUGUAAGUCCCAUGUCAGUGGUGAUUCCUGUGACACAUGUGAAGAUGGAUAUUUUGCUUUGGAAAAGGGCAAUUACUUUGGGUGUCAAGGAUGUCGGUGUGACAUUGGCGGAGCCGUCACCCCCAUGUGCAGUGGGCCCUCUGGAGUCUGCCAGUGCCGAGAGCAUGUCGUGGGGAAGGCCUGCCAGCGACCUGAAAACAACUACUAUUUCCCGGAUUUGCAUCAUAUGAGAUACGAGAUUGAAGACGGCACUACACCUCAUGGAAGAGCACUUCGGUUUGGAUUUGACCCCCUGGAGUUUCCUGAGUUUAGCUGGAGAGGCUAUGCUCAGAUGACCUCGGUGCAGAAUGAAGUAAGGAUCGUGUUGAACGUGGGGAAGUCAAGUCUCUCCUUGUUUCGCAUUAUUCUGAGAUAUAUUAACCCUGGACCUGAAGCAGUAACUGGCCGUGUAACUAUUUAUCCAUCCCGGGCUAAGGCAGGUGCUGCUCAGAGCAAGGAGAUCAUCUUUCAGCCGAGUAAGGGACCAGCCUUUGUCACUGUCCCCGGAAAUGGUUUUGCAGACCCAUUUUCAAUUGUCCCAGGGACGUGGAUUGCUUGUAUUAAGGCAGAGGGAGUCCUCCUGGACUACCUGGUGCUGCUCCCCCGGGACUACUAUGAGGCCCCCUCGCUGAGGCUGCCCGUCACGGAGCCGUGUGCCGACACAGGCCCUCCCCGGGAGAAUUGCUUGCUUUACCAGCAUUUGCCAGUGACCCGAUUCCCCUGUGCCCUGGCUUGUGAGGCCAGACACUUCCUGCUUGAUGGGGAGCCAAGAGCCUUGGCAGUGAGGCGGCCCAGCCCCGCACACCCAGUCAUGGCGGACCUCAGUGGGAGAGAGGUGGAGCUGCGCCUGCGGCUGCGGGUCCCGCAGGUCGGCCACUACAUGGUCGUGGUGGAGUAUUCCACGGAAGUAGACCAGCCGUCUGAGGCUGAUGUGCUCAUGCGGAGCCCUGGGGCGGUCCUGGCAGGCCAGGUGAACGUCUACAGCUGCAAGUACAGCAUCCUCUGCCGGAGCGCCGUGACCGACGGCAGGGGGCGCCUCGCUGUGUACGAGCUGCUGGCAGACGCAGACGUGCAGCUCAAAGCGCGGAUGGCCCGAUUCCUUCUGCAUCAAAUCUGUAUCAUACCCACUGAAGAAUUCUCAACGGAAUACUUGAGACCUCAGGUCAAAUGCACUGCCAGUUACGGGCGAUUUGUUAAUCAAAGUGCCACUUGCGUCUCCCUGGUCCCCGAAACUCCUCCAACAGCAUUAAUUUUGGAUGUCCCAGCUGGCAGGUCUUCCCCUCACCUGUCCCAGGAUCCUUCACCUUCUGCAGGAGCUGUUACUGGAGUUACCUUGAAGGCACCGCAGAACCAAGUGACCCUGAGAGAGCCCGUACCACAUCCGGGCCGGUAUGUCAUUGUCAUCCACUUUUAUCAACCAACGCACCCAACGUUCCUGGCACAGGUGUCUGUGGACGGGGGGCGGCUGCGGCCAGGUGUCUUUCACGCUGCUUUCUGCCCCCACGUACUUGGCUGCCGGGACCAAGUGAUCACAGGAGAUCAGGCUGAGUUUGACGUCUCGGAGCCUGAGGUGGCCGUGACUGUGAGGCUUCCAGAAGGAAAGUCCUUAGUGCUGGUCCGAGUUCUAGUGAUGCCUGCGGAGAAUUACGACUACCAGAUACUUCACAGAAAAUCAGUGGACAAGUCAUCUGAGUUUAUCACCAAUUGUGGAAGAGACAGUUUCUAUAUUGACCCCCAGAAAGCGUCUGGAUUCUGUAAGAACUCCACCAGGUCCCUGGUGGCCCUUUACCACGAGGGUGCACUGCCUUGUGAGUGCCACUCGUCCGGGGCCAUUGGCCAUCACUGCAGCCCCGAGGGCGGGCAGUGCCCGUGCCGGCCCCACGUCAUUGGGCGGCAGUGUACCCGCUGUCAAGUGGGCUACUACGGAUUCCCACACUGCAAACCAUGCAACUGUGGCCAGCGCCUUUGUGAGGAGACAACAGGGAGGUGCCUGUGCCCUCCCCGCACGAUCCGGCCCCAGUGUGACAUGUGUGAGACGCAUUCCUUCAGCUUCCACCCGCUGGCCGGCUGCGAAGGCUGCAACUGUUCCAGGCCAGGCACCAACGGGGCUGCCACCCCGGACUGCGACAGGGACCACGGGCAGUGCAGUUGCAAGCCCAGAAUCACAGGGCGGCAGUGUGACCGAUGCGCUUCCGGGUUCUACCGCUUCCCUGAGUGCCUUCCCUGCCGCUGCAGCAGAGAUGGGACUGAGCCAGGAGUCUGCGACCCAGAGACCGGGGCUUGUCUCUGCAAGGAAAAUGUGGAUGGUCCAGAAUGUAACGUGUGUCGAGAAGGAUCAUUCUACCUGGACCCAGAGAAUCCCAAGGGUUGUACCAGCUGCUUUUGCUUCGGAGUAAAUCACCGCUGUCACAGCACACAUAAACGAAGAGCCAAGUUUGUGGAUAUGAUGGGUUGGCGCCUAGAGACCGAGGACGGCGUGGGCAUCCCGGUCUCAUUCAACCCGGGCAGCGGCAGCGUGGUGGCAGACCUCCAGGAGCUGCCCGCAACGGUUCACAGUGCGUCCUGGGUCGCACCUCCUUCCUACCUGGGGGACAAGGUGUCCUCGUAUGGUGGCUACCUCACCUACCAAAUCAAGUCCUUUGGCCUACCUGGUGACAUGGUUCUUCUGGAAAAGAAGCCGGAUGUGAAGCUCACCGGUCAGCGUAUGUCCCUCAUCUCUGAGGAGCCACGUGCCCCCCGGCCAGACCGGUUGCAUCACGGGCGAGUGCAGAUGGUGGAGGGGAACUUCAGACACGCCAGCAGCGGUGCCCCCGUGUCUCGGGAAGAGCUGAUGAUGGUGCUGUCUAGACUGGAAGGUGUGCACCUCCGGGGCCUCUACUUCACUGAGACGCAGCGGCUCACCCUGAGCGGGGUGGGGCUGGAGGAGGCCUCGGAAACAGGAAGUGGACGUCGAGCACAGAAUGUGGAGAUGUGUGCCUGCCCCCCUGACUACACUGGUGACUCAUGUCAGGGGUGUAGCCCUGGAUACUAUCGGGAUCACAAAGGCUUGUACACUGGACGGUGUGUUCCCUGCAGUUGCAACGGACAUUCAAAUCGAUGCCAGGAUGGCUCGGGAAUAUGCAUUAACUGCCAGCAUAACACUGCUGGGGAACACUGUGAACGCUGCAGAGAGGGUUACUAUGGGAACGCCAUCCACGGAUCCUGUAGGGUCUGCCCAUGCCCUCAUUCAAACAGUUUUGCCACCGGCUGUGUUGUGACUGGUGGAAAUGUGAAGUGCUCCUGCAAACCUGGAUACACAGGAACACAGUGCGAAAGGUGUGCACCGGGUUAUUUUGGGAAUCCCCAGAAAUUUGGAGGUAGCUGCCAGCCAUGCAAUUGUAACAACAAUGGCCAGUUGGGCAGUUGUGACCCCCUGACUGGAGACUGCAUAGACCAGGAACCCAAAGAUAGCGGCCCUGGAGAAGAAUGUGAUGAUUGUGACAGCUGUGUGAUGACGCUCUUGAACGACCUGGCCACCAUGGCUGAUGAGCUCCGCCUGGUCAAGUCUCAGCUGCAGGGCCUGAGUGCCAGCCUGGGGACUCUGGAGCAGCUGAAGCACCUGGAGAUCCAGAGCAAGGAGCUGCAGAACCAGUUGCUUAACUACCGCUCCACCAUUUCGAAUCAUGGAUCAAAAAUGGAUGGCCUGGAAAAAGAACUGAGUAACUUGAAUCAUGAAUUUCAAACUGUGCAAGAAAAGGUUCAAGUAAAUUUCAGAAAAGCACAAACAUUAUAUAACAACAUUGAUCAGACAACCCAAAGUGCAAAAGAGCUGGACACGAAGAUUAAAAAUGUCAUCUGGAAUGUGCAAGUUCUCCUGAAGCAGAUCUCUGGGACAGAUGGAGAAGGCAACAACGUGCCUUCGGGUGAUUUUUCCAGAGAGCUGGCUGAAGCAGAGCGCAUGAUGAGGGAACUGAGGCGCCGAAGCUUUGGGAAGCACCUGAUAAAAGCAGAAGCUGAAAAAAGAGAGGCUCAGCUCUUGCUAAACCGGAUAAGGAGCUGGCUGGAAAGCCAGCAGGUGGAGAACAACGGACUUGUUAAGAAUAUACGAGAUUCUUUAAAUGACUAUGAAGCCAAACUCAGUGACCUCCGUGCCACGCUGCAGGAGGCAAGUGCCCAAGCCAAGCAGGCUGCCGGCCUCAACCGAGAAAACGAGAGGGCUUUGGAAUCCAUCAAGAGACAAGUUAAAGAAAUGAACUCCCUCCAGAGUGACUUUGCCAAGCAUCUGGCCACCGCAGACUCUUCCUUACUGCAGGCUAAUGUUGUCUUGCAGCUGAUGAGGAGAAGCCAUGAGGAAUAUGAAAAAUUAGUUGUCACUUUAAAUGAAGCAAGACAGGAGCUAAAUGACAAAGUGAGGGAACUUUCCAAAUCGGCCAGCAAAGCAUCCCUGGUGGAGGAGGCGGAAAAGCACGCACGGUCUCUGCAGGAGCUGGCGAAGCAGCUGGAGGAGAUCAAGAGGAACGCCAGUGGGGAUGAGCUGGUGCGCUGUGCCGUGGACGCUGCCACCGCCUACGAGAACAUCCUCAACGCCAUCAAAGCGGCCGAGGACGCGGCCGACAAGGCCUCCAGCGCGUCCGAGUCUGCGCUCCAGACGGUGAUAAAGGAAGAUCUUCCAAGAAAAGCUAAAACCCUGAGUUCCAACAGCGACAAACUGUUAAACGAAGCCAAGAUAACACAGAAGAAGCUACAGCAAGAAAUCAGUCCGGCUCUCAACAACCUACAGCAAACUCUGAAAAUUAUUACAGUUCAGAAAGGGCUAAUAGACACCAAUCUCACGACCAUCCGCGAUGAUCUCCGUGGGAUACAGAGAGAUGACAUCGACGGUAUAAUCAGUGGUGCAAAGAGCAUGGCCAGAAAUGCCAACGACAUCACAAACGAGGUUCUAGACGGGCUCGAGCCCAUUCAGACAGAUGUGGAAAGAAUUAGGGACACCUAUGAGCGCACACAGAGCGAAGACUUCAACAAGGCUCUCACUGACGCGAAUAAUUCAGUAAAGAAAUUAACCAACAAACUGCCUGAUCUUUUGAGCAAGAUUGAAAGUAUUAACCAACAGCUGCUGCCACUGGGCAAUAUCUCCGACAAUGUGGACCGCAUACGAGAGCUAAUUCAGCAGGCCAGAGAUGCCGCGAAUAAGGUCGCCGUCCCCAUGAGGUUCAAUGGUAAAUCUGGAGUCGAAGUCCGGCUGCCAAACAACCUGGAAGAUUUCAAAGGAUACACGUCUCUUUCUUUGUUUCUCCAAAGACCUGAAUCCCCAGAAAACGGGGGGACGGAGAAUAUGUUUGUGAUGUACCUCGGAAAUAAAGAUGCGUCCAAGGACUACAUCGGCAUGGCGGUGGUGGACGGCCAGCUCACGUGCGUCUACAACCUGGGAGAGCACGAGGCUGAGCUCCAAGUGGACCAGACCCUGACCAAGAGCGAAACUCAGGAGGCAGUUAUGGACCGGGUGAAAUUUCAGAGAAUUUAUCAGUUUGCAAGGCUUAAUUACACCCGAAAAGCCACUUCCAGUAAACCAGAAACACCUCAAUUCCAUGACAUGGAUAGUGGAAAUAGCAACACACUCCUCAAUUUGGAUCCUGAAAAUGUUGUAUUUUAUGUUGGAGGUUACCCAUCUGAUUUUAGACUUCCUAGUAGACUGAGAUUCCCUCCGUACAAAGGUUGUAUUGAGUUAGAUGACCUCAAUGAAAAUGUUCUGAGCUUGUACAACUUCAGAACAACUUUCAAUCUCAACACAACAGAAGUGGAGCCUUGUAGAAGGAGAAAGGAAGAGUCGGACAAAAAUUAUUUCGAAGGUACAGGCUAUGCUCGGGUUCCGACUCAACCAAAUGCUCCCUUCCCAAUCUUCGGACAGACGAUUCAGACCACUGUGGACAGAGGUCUGCUGUUCUUUGCAGAAAACCAGGAUCGCUUCAUAUCUCUAAAUAUAGAAGACGGCAGCCUCAUCGUCCGAUACAAGCUAAAUUCAGAGCCACCAAAAGAAAAAGGAAUUAGAAACAUCAUAAAUGACGGGAAGGAUCAUUCGAUUCAGAUCAAAAUUGGAAAAACCCAAAAACUUACGUGGAUAAAUGUGGGUUCUCAAAAGGUUAAAAUUGAAGGUGAAAUAUUUGAUUUCAGCACAUAUUAUCUGGGAGGAAUUCCAAUUUCAAUCAGGGAAAGGUUUAAUAUCUCUACACCUGCUUUCCAAGGCUGCAUGAAAAACCUGAAGAAAACCAGUGGUGUCGUUAGAUUGAAUGAUACUGUUGGAGUAACAAAGAAGUGCUCGGAAGACUGGACGCUCGUGCGGUCUGCCUCAUUCUCCAGGGGAGGACAGCUGAGUUUCACCAAUUUGGACUUCCCAUCGCCCAGCCACUUCCAGGCCUCCUUUGGGUUUCAGACCUUUCAACCCAGUGGCAUCUUAUUAAAUCAUCAGACAGGGACAAGCAGCCUGCAGGUCACCCUGGAAGAUGGUCACAUUGAACUGAGCACCAGGGACAGCAGAAGCCCAAUUUUUACAUCUCCACAGACGUACAUGGAUGGUUCACUGCAUUACGUGUCUGUGAUAAGUGACAACUCUGGACUCCGGCUCCUCAUUGAUGACCAGCCUCUGAAAAAUAACCAAAGACUGCGAGGCCUUUCAGAUUCCCAGCAAUCCCUGCGUCUGGGCGGCGGUCACUUCGAGGGUUGCAUCAGCAACGUUUUUGUCCGAAGGUUAUCAGAGGCACCCGAAGUCCUAGAUUUGGCCAGUAAAUCUACCAAGAGAGAUGUGUCCCUGGGAGGCUGCAGUUUAAACGAACCACCUUUCCUAAUGUUGCUUAAAGGUUCUACAAGGUUUAACAAAGCCCAGACGAUCAAUAUCGACCAGCCAUUGCGGGACACACCAGCAGUCUCCCCGAGGAGCUUGAAGGUGUGGACAGAUGCCCAGUCUUGCCCACCACCUCUCGGGGCCCAGGCCAGCCACAGAGCCCUCAGGUUUGGGAACAGUGCCACCAGCCACUUGCUAUUCAUGCUUCCCCAGGAGUUGCUGAAAUCCAGGUUGCAGUUUGCUGUGGACGUGCAGACAACUUCGUCCAGAGGGCUCGUGUUUUAUGCAGGCGCUAAGAACUCCUUCAUGGCUCUUUAUCUUUCAAAAGGACGUCUGGUCUUUGCAUUGGGGGCAGAAGGGAAAAAACUGAAGCUCAAAAGCAAAGAGAAGUGCAGUGAUGGGAAGUGGCACACGGUGGCAUUUGGGCAAGAUGGAGAAAAGGGGCGCUUGGUUGUGGAUGGUCUGAGGGCCCGGGAGGGAAGGUUGCCUGGAAAUUCCACCAUCAGCCUCAGAGCACCAAUUUACUUGGGAUCAUCUCCAUCAGGGAAACCAAAGAGCCUCCCCCAAAACAGUUUUGUGGGCUGCCUGAGGAACUUUCAGUUGGAUUCAAAACCCCUGGAUACCCCUUCUGCAAGCUUUGGGGUGUCUCCCUGCUUGGGCGGCUCUUUGGAGAAAGGCAUUUACUUUUCCCAAGAAGGAGGUCAUGUCAUCCUAGCAAACUCUGUGUUGUUGGGGCCAGAGUUUAAGCUUGUCUUCAGCAUUCGCCCAAGAAGUCUCACUGGAAUCCUAAUACACAUCGGAAGUCAACCCGGCAAGCACUUAUGUGUUUAUAUGGAGGCAGGAAAGGUCACGGCCUCUGUGGGCAGUGAGGCAAGUGGGAUCUCGACAUCAGUCACACCACAGCGGUCUCUGUGUGAUGGACAGUGGCACUCGGUGGCAGUCACCGUAAAGCAGCACAUCCUGCACCUGGAGCUGGACGCGGACAAUAGCUACACAGCCGGGCGGCUCCCCCUCCCGCCGGCCCGCACGCGGGAGCGUCUGCACAUCGGAGGUGUCCCAGCUAAUUUGAAAACCCUGAAGCUUCCUGUGUGGAAAUCCUUUUUUGGCUGCCUGAAGAAUAUUCAAGUCAACCACAUUCCUAUCCCUGUCACUGAAGCCACGGAAGUUCAGGGGACCGUCAGUCUGAAUGGCUGUCCUGACCACUAACUCAGACCUGUCACACAGCAGGGAAGUUCGCCUCCAAAAGCACUGAUUACUCAGCACGCCUCCCUCUCCCCACUCAAGGUCGUUCCUGACUUAAGACACCAUCCGGAUGGGAUGAAUAGCAAAGCUAAUUUUCAAUUCCAACCCCACAGACCCAGCAUUUUGGCAUUCAGUGCUCCAUAUACAUUUUAUAUAAAAAUCCCACUUCUUGAAGAUGAUGAACAAAUUGUUACAUGCUUUUGGUAAUAUCAUUUUCCACUAAAAGUUAAAUGUCUUUUAAAGAAUAUUAUUUUCCACUUGUUAAAACAAUAAAUA